AUGAAGCAGAGAGGAACCAUGGAGGAAUCUAGGUUGAGAGAAAUGUUUUUAUUUUUCAUCCUGAUUCUGCAGUUCACAGUGUCCUUAGGAGCUGUAGUCACAUAUGCAGAUCUCUUCAUCAUUGUCAGAGCUGGAGAGGAUGUCACUUUGUCUCCUGAAAAUGUGGCUCACAAUAAUUGUCACACCAACACCUGGUCCUACAGCAACUCUGAUAGAAAAACUGUAGAGUUGGUUAAUCAUGGACAGAUUAAAAAUACCAGAUCAGACAGACUGAGUCUUUCUGCAAACUGUUCUCUGGUUUUAAAGAAAGUCAGAGCUGAGGAUGUUGGUGUGUACAACUGCAGACAGCAAUUCCCAGGAACAAUUUCAGUUUCUGAUGCCGCCGUCCAUCUUUAUCUUGUUCAGUUUACAGAACGACAUACCCUGAGCAUGGUGUCAUUAAGCUGUUCUUUAUUGACAAAUGAAGUGUGUAAACACAGAGUGAAGUGGUUGUUUGAUGGUAACUAUGUGACUAACACAAGCCAAGAGUCGUCCUCUUCCUGCUCUGCUGUGAUCCCCCUCCAGAGGUCUCAUUACAUUUACACAUCAAGGUUUAACUUUCUCAGCUGUGAAGUGAAGACAGAAGAUGGUAAAGUUAAUACUUUUACCUUCAACUCUCAUCCAACAGGUCAAGAUGAACCAAUAACUGAAUCUGCCUUUGCUCAUUGUGAAAACCCAGUCACACCAGAACAUGCAUCAGACUGGUGGAGGUUCCUCGCUGGCUCUCUUGGUUUAGUUGCUCUGAUAGCAGCCGUCAUCAUCAUAGUUUGGACCAAAACUGAAG